CUCGCAUAUGAAGUGGACCCACUCUCCAUGGGCCGGCUUGGUAACUUGGGGGUCUUGGGCAUCCUUCGUACUACACGUUCCGUACUGCACCGAGCCACGCAGACACAACCCCCCUCCACACUCACGCUCGCGCGCGCGCGCUCUCUCUCUCUCUCUCACAGUCAGCACUCUUUGUUCGUCUCAAUGGCGAUGGAUGACACCGAGAGUUGCAGUAGUAGAGCCGUUGAUUCGUCGCAUGCGCAGCCUCGACAUCAUAGGCAAAAACUCGAGGUCUUCAACGAAGUGCUUCGCCGAAUCCAGGAGUCCGAUUGUGAAGAAGCCAAACUCCCUGAUUUCGAUGAUCAGCUUUGGCUUCAUUUCAAUCGACUCCCUGCCAGAUAUGUAUUGGAUGUGAAUGUGGAAAGGGCAGAAGAUGUACUCACACAUCAGAGACUACUUCAUUUGGCAGAGGAUCCUGCUAAUAGACCAGUAUUUGAAGUUCGCCUUGUGCAGGUUCAUUCUGCCUCUUAUGAAGAUUCAGUUGAUUCUGCUUAUUCAAAGAGUCCAAUGAAAGAAGAUCCCCAAAGUUAUUCUAAUUACUCUAGCAGACAAGGAAUCCAUCCACCACCCACAUUUGGUUCAUCUCCGAAUCUUGAAGUGCUUGCACUCCAAGCUAAUAGAAUUCAUGUUGAAGAUGGUGAUAGCACUGUGAAUUCUACUUCAGCUUUGGUGAGGACUAUGCACGAGAUCACCUUUUCAACAGUUGAUAAGCCAAAACUCCUUAGUCAGUUGACUUCCAUACUUGCUGAGGUUGGACUAAAUAUUCAAGAAGCUCAUGCCUUUUCCACUGUUGAUGGCUUCUCCUUAGAUGUCUUUGUUGUUGAUGGUUGGCCUUAUGAGGAAACUGAGCAGCUUAGAAUUGCUAUGGAAAAGGAAAUACAAAAGAUCAAGAUGCAGGAGCAAUCUUGGUUGAAACAACAUUCACCAUCUGCUGCUGCCAAGCCUAGCCACACAAGGAUUGAAUCCUUCAAUGAUUAUGUAAAAAUACCUACUGAUGAAACUGAUGUCUGGGAAAUUGAUGCCGAUCUGCUGACUCUUGAAAACAAAGUUGCAUCAGGGUCAUAUGGUGAUCUGUUCAAAGGCACUUAUCGCAGUCAGGAAGUGGCUAUUAAAAUCCUAAAGCCGGAGUCUGUCAAUACAGAUAUGCUGCGAGAAUUUUCUCAGGAAGUCUAUAUUAUGAGAAAAAUUCGGCACAGGAAUGUUGUACAAUUCAUAGGUGCAUGUACCCGACCUCCAAAUUUGUGCAUUAUAACUGAGUUCAUGUCUAGAGGAAGUGUCUACGACUUUCUGCAUAAACAACGGGGUGCAUUUAAGCUACCAUCUCUACUCAAAGUAGCGAUUGAUGUUGCCAAAGGAAUGAACUAUUUGCACGAGAAUAAUAUAAUCCACAGGGAUCUGAAAACUGCCAAUCUUUUGAUGGAUGAAAAUGAUGUUGUUAAGGUUGCUGAUUUUGGAGUAGCAAGAGUGCAAACUCAAUCUGGAGUAAUGACUGCGGAAACUGGAACAUACCGUUGGAUGGCUCCUGAGGUAAUUGAGCACAGACCAUAUAAUCACAAGGCUGAUGUUUUCAGUUUUGGAAUAGUACUAUGGGAGCUUCUGACUGGAGAACUUCCAUACUCAUUCUUAACCCCCUUACAAGCUGCAGUUGGUGUGGUCCAAAAGGGUCUACGUCCUACUGUUCCCAAGCAUACUCAUCCAAAGAUUGCAGGACUUCUUGAGAGAUGCUGGUGGCAAGACCCAACUCUGAGACCUGAUUUCUCUACAAUUCUAGAAAUCCUGCAUCAAUUAGCCAAUGAGGUUGGGGGUGAGGGAGACAGUAGGCGCAAGGAUAAAUCAUCUGGCAGAUUCUUAUCUGCACUUAGACGAGGUCAUCACUGAGGUUGGGGAGGAGAGGAUGCUGUUCAUAAUGUAUGUAGAUCUCAACGCGUGGGCCAUUUUUCAUCAUACAUAUUGCCAUGUACAUUACUUUGUCCAUGAUUAGCGGAGUUCUAGUUUUUUUUAUUUUAACCCCAUAGAAGAUUUCUGGUUCAGGUGCACUGGGAACUUUCUUCUUCCUGUUUAUUUUUCUUGGCUGUUUUUUUUUUUUCUAAUAAUUGCCUCUGAUGAUUGCAAUAUGUGUGUUGGGCUAGGUUGGAGAACUGCUUCAACUUGGUACAAAAUUCUUGUGGCCUUGCGUUUUGGUUAAAUUACUGUUCGUUCUUUC